AUGUUACCACAGGGGCCCAAGCCUCCACCUUUUGCCUCUACCGGAGUUCCUUCUCAACCACCAAGGCCCCUCACAUCACUGCCUUUACCGCGUUUCAAAGCAACGAAGGACACAGAGUGGCGGAGAAAACUUCAAGCUCGAAGAAAGAUACCUUCAGAAGCAAGCUCGAAAGAGACUGAUGUGGGAGGCGCUGAGAACUCAAUAGUCGACAAUCAUCACCGUGGCAAUGAGAAGAGGAAAUCUAUCGAAACCCAAACCCUUGAAGAAAAGGAAAGCUCCGAGCGUGGUACUAAUCUUGCCGAAGCCCUCGCCGCAAUGACAGAAAAACAUCUCGGCAUUGACGUCCUGGACCAGGGUAAGGAGGUAUCCACCUUCGUGUCCUACCUUCUCGACACAAUACAGAUUUUGGAGAGACAAGUACGAUACCUUGGUGCUAUCAACCCCCUCAUUGACUCACGCAGUGGCCCUGGUGAUGGCCGUGGCAUUGAUUCAAAAGAUGGAGAAGCAACUGUCAGCCAACCUCAGGGGUCACAAGUUGUUCAUCGAAUCUGUUGUUCCGCCAAGUCUCACGAGCACGACGGAAAACUGUAUGAAGAUGAACCUGUGACGCGAAGGAUGAAAACUCCUGACCAUCCGGGAUGGCUCCAUGCUGAAAGUGAGAUCUUUCAUCUCGAGACAUGGGCAAGCAUCCGUCCGUUGCUCUGCUUCAUAAUCAUACGGGAGCACCGCUGCGCUCAGGAUCAGAGAUCUGAGGAUCACUGGCAAAAACAAAGGUUUCGCGGUCAAUAUGAUGGGGCUGCUUCGGCUAGGCUAGAGAAACUCAUAAUCACCUCAUCCGCACUCCUGAAAGCCUUGAAGCAGGUUGCGGAGUUUUCACCUAACGGUGGAAAAAACGAUUUUUCUUCAGAAAUGGAGGCACCGUAUCUAUUUUUAUUCCAUCACCGGAAGAAGCUGGAAGAACUUUCAGUGUCUGGAGCAUACCGAGAUGUAAUUUUACCUCUAACAAACUUUCUCAAGGAACGAUACGAGGCCGAAUACGCGGAGGCCGAAGAGAUGAUUCUCCAGGGGUACAUCAACGAUUACCAUAUCCCGAAGUUGUUCAAGCCAAACCAAAUGCUUCUUAUGAAACAUAAAGGAGAGCCCCAGGUUGCCUUUAUUUUGGAAAAGUUCUCCCCAAUGAGAGGAGAGAUUUACUUUCAUGGCUGGAGAUGGGACUUCAAUGGACACGACUUGGAACGAACUCCAGAACUCGGUCAAAUUAGCAUGGUAUCUGAGGAGAAGACGAAAAUCCGCGAUCUCGUUAUUCAUCCGAUUGAAUUCGCUAGAGAAGAAGACGUACAGAUUUUAUCUCAAAGGGGAAUUAAGUUCUGGGGCAUGAGAGAUCAAGUGUACACCUGCUACACCGGAUGGGACAGAGGGUCAAAACAAAAAUAUGUUGGAAAAACGACCUUCGAAAAUGGCCAUGUGAGGAAGACGCUAACUACCCGCUAG